UGUCGCCACUCCGCGGAGACACGCGAUAUUAGUGAUCGAUAGAAAAUAAAGCGCACAAAGUAAAAGUGUGUACAAAGCGCGACGACAGAAAAAGGGUGAGUGCGGCGGUGUCUGCUGGCGACGAGGGAUUCACGAUCGUAUAGAAUUUAGACGCGCGAGGAUGGAUUUCAACAUGAAAAAAUUGGUGAAGGACGCGGGAGCCGCCCUCAGCAGAGUCGUGCAGUUAACGGAAGAAACGCUGGGCACUUCGGAAAAAACAGAGUUGGAUGCACACUUAGAACAUCUAGUGGAGAGGGGAAAUGUCACCAAAACAUGGACAGAGAAAAUACUGCGGAACAUGGAAGCUGUGCUCACCCCAAAUCCUGGCAAUAGAAUUGAAGAUUUCUUCUAUGAAAAGAUCGAUAAAAAGAAACCUAACAGGUUGAGCAAUUUGGAAUAUGUAGGCAUUGAUAUGAUACAAGCUGGGAAUGAGUUUGGACCAGGGGUAGCUUAUGGUAGCGCAUUAAUAAAAGUUGGCCAAUGUCAGCAGAAGCUGGGACAAGUUGAGAGAGAUUUUAUAGGGAUUGCUGCCAAUUGUUACAUACAGCCUUUGAGAAAGUUCUUGGAUGGAGAGAUGAAGACUGUUAGCAAGGAGAUGGCGAUAUUGGAAACUAAGAGACUGGACUUGGAUGCAUGUAAAAACAAAGUGAGAAAAGCGAGAAGCUUGCUGGGUCAACAAAGUGAGUCUGGCGUACCACCCGAAGUGUUGCUUGAUCAGGCAGAGAGGGAGUUGAGGGUAGCUCAGUCGGAAUUCGAUCGGCAAGCAGAGAUUGUGAAGUUACUGUUGGAGGGUGUCUCGAGUUCACAAGCCGGACAUUUGCGAUGUCUGCACGAGUUCGUGGAAGCGCAAGCCCGCCACUACGCUCAGUGUCACGCAGUCAUGCAGGAUUUGCAGCGCGAGCUUGCCGGCCUACCUGGAGGUCCUUAUUACACCACCCCACCAGCCUCCACCAAUGCACUAGCAGAGAACGAUCAGGACCGAGCAAGAGUGUUAUGCAAUUACGACGCGAGGGAUCCUAGCGAGUUAAGCGUCGUGCAGGACGAGGUAAUCGGUAUUUACGAAAUUUCCGAUGAUGAAGAUUACUUUAUGGGAAUCAGAGGCAAUCAACGAGGAAAGCACAUUGCAAACUUAGCACCACUGCUUAUGUCACAUUCUCAAGUCAGUUGAAACAAAGAUGAUCUUAUAGUUAGACUUGAGAAAUGCUUACUUCAUCACUUCAGGACCAAAAGAUCAUCAUAUAUUUCAACUGAAAUAAAUUACUCUCUUAUGCACACUUAACAUAUCGCAAUGAGUAUUCUCGAUUUUCUUCUUUCUUAAUGUUGUCAUACUGUAAAUCUCGUGAUCUCAGCUUUUUCUCUUUUAAUAUCAACUUAUAUUCGAAGAAAUACAACGGAACUUAAAGUUUUUUAGAUUUUAUUGAUUAAUCAGUAUAAUGUAUCUAGAGAAACAAUAUAUACUGAUAUUUAAUAUAUAAAAUUAAUUAUAAAUUUGUUAAAUUAUUUUUUCUUCGACACACCAACCGUGCGUCCGCGACGACCAGUGGUCUUCGUGUGUUGACCACGUACUCGGAGACCCCAGUAGUGACGUAGGCCCCUGUGAGCACGAAUCUUCUUCAUCCUUUCCAAAUCUUCACGUAAUUUCGAGUCCAAAUUGGCACUCGUGAGCUACAAAUAAGUCACACGCGCGUUAGAGAUAUAUUCCGCGAUGUUUCGUAAUUUUUAUCCUUUGUAAAUAAUUUUUGUUGCACGCGUACGUUUCGCUUAGAGCAAUAAAAUAUAUUACACAAAGCAACUUUAAUUGUACAGCGGUGCAAUUGCUAUUGCACAAGCUACCAGCUGAACGUGCAAUGGAGAUUUGCACGAUCAGUCGUGAAUUGUGCGAUUUAUAACUCGCAAGACACAAAACGAAAACUAUUAAUUGUCAAAGAAAUAUACAUAUAUACAAGG